UAGAAACCAGCAAUCAGACUCGAAAUUCGAGUCUAAGGAACAUCUCAAGGAAGGACUAACGUCUUUGCAGGAUCUCAAAACUAACCAAUGUGUUUGUCUUACUGCUCCAUCAUUACUGUGUCUUCGCAUGUUUGCCUAAAUGUCGAUUAGACAGCUGCAGCUGAUCCAGAAUGAUACCGUCUGCAUUCUCACCAAAACUAAGGGCUUCCGUACAUUUGAACAGUUGUUGUUGCUCGGCAACCCCAACUGCGUCUUACUAACAACAAUGGCGGAGAAAAAUAGUAAGAAAAAAGUUAUCCCCGUCCUUUCGCAAAGAAAGACAUGUCCAUCCUCUGCCAGCAAAGCUGAGAGCUCCAAGAAGCUAGGAGUUAAACAAAAAGCAAAAUGUGCAUCGAAUUCAACAACAAAACACACAGAUGAUCUUUUUGCCAAGGGAGAGCACUACAAGCUGUUGAAUGCUGAGAUAGAGGCCAAAACAGCAAAAACGGUGAAAGAAGCAGAGCAACUGAUGAAAGAGAAAAAUGAAGCUCUAUCAUCUCCCCUCUCCAAUGGGCUCUUCUUGGAUAUGGAAUAUGAAGAUGAAUUUAGAACACUGAAGGAUCCUCCUCAGAAAGAUGAUACAGCAGCUUUAGAAGAUGAAGCUGGUUUCUUCUUAGCAAAGACUAUUCAGAGCAUGGAAGAGAAAAUGAAGGACUCUAUUCCAGAAGAUAUUGUGGAUAACGCAGAAAAUGACGUGGAAUCAGCUGUUUCUGAUGCUCAGACACGAGUGCUGAAGGCAAAACUUCGAAUUAUGCAGGAAGAACAUGACCUGCUUUAUUGUGAUUAUCUUACAAAGGAUGCAGAAAAUUCUAAGCUGACGGCAAAAAUAAAAGAGUUGGAGGAGGAAAGAGCCGGACUGCAGAGGACCGUCAGCAUCCAGCAAACACAGACAGAGAAACAGAAAGCUUUGGCCGAAGAGUUGGCUAAAAAAUGUGAUGAUCUCCAGCUGCAAGUGGCUGCUUUAAGCAAGGAAGUAGAAACUCUGAAUAGGUCCCAAGAGCAAGCAGCAGCUGUCCACGGGACGGAGGAGGUCCGCCUUAACAGAGCUCUGGAGGAGGUGGAGAGGUUAAAGUCCGAGCUGAGUAAGGCCAAGCAAAUCAACAAGGACAAGAUAAGUGAAGAACAAAGUAAAGAAAAUCUGCUUGCUGAAAACCAAAUUCUUAAGAAGCAGAGAGCUGAACUUGUUGUUGGGUUCCAGAAACAACUGAAGUUGAUUGACAUCCUUAAAAGACAAAAGAUGCACUUAGAAGCUGCGCAGAUGCUGUCCUUCACAGGAGAGGAGUUCAUGAAAGCUUUGGACUGGGGGAAGCCAUGAAUGUGGUUCAUCAGUUUGUUUGUUUUAACAGUAAUUGUUCAUAGUGUACAACUUUUUCGUUUUCUUUAAAUAUUUCUGUUUUCACAGUGUAACACAUCAGUUUACAAGAGCUCAGUUCCUUUAUAAUUUAACUGGAUUCCCUCCCACUGAAUGUUUUUUGAACUGAGCAUAAGCAUAAACAGAAAAAUAACUUCAAUAUAUAAAAACAUUUCAAAAAUAAAGGUGUUUCUUCUCUAAACCUGUCACACAUUCACUGCAGCAACGCUGACAUCUAGUGGUCAAUGAAAGGAAAAACGUUUUCUGAAAUCUUGCUCGAUGUUCCAGGUCUUCACUAUAGAGAGAACCUUCUGAAAAGAUGCUGAUAUUAUUCAUGAAAACAUUAACAGGUGUAAAUGACAUAACAUUAAAUCUCCAGGAGCUUUAAUGUAAGAACCUUCUUCGUCCAUGACCACCUCUGUGCUUUCCUCUACUUUCCCACUAAUUCCUUCUUGAAUUUCUGAUCUCUUCAUGAUGAUAAAAAGCAACAUCUUAAUAUAGGGGAUCACUUAAAAUGAAACUAAAACAGAUGGCAUGUAAAACAUUACUGACCAAUUAGUAGGAAUAGGUGUGCUGUAGGAUCACAAUUAUUUACAGAGGGAUUGAUUCAGUGACUUUAGAGCCUCAUCUGGUUUCUAUUGUCCUAUGUCAGAUUUUCCACGUUUAAUUUCCUUAAUGCCCUAUUUUUAGGAACCCAUCUGCUUUAUCUGUAAACAUAUAAUUUAUCCUUAAGUCCUGUUUGUUCUUAUUGUUUAAAAGUAUUUUUAAGGUCUGCUGCAUCAGAGAGCAAUACUUCAAUAAAUACUCCAAAAGACUUCAGAUCUGUCCAGCCUUCAUUUUCUUCCGGUAAAUGGUAAAAGGUUAAAGAGGUGAAACCUUUUCUCUCAGACACGUGACUCCUCCCGUUCUCUCUGGAUCCCAUGGUUCCCUGCCAGUAAGGUCUCCUCUUGGGUCACCCCCAUUAAAUCACCACAAAAAGGCUCUCUGGAAGCAGCCUAAUUAGAUCAUACCCAGCUCCUUUUAAAGCAGAGGAGCAGAGACUCUACCUCAUGACUACCCCUUGAGGUUUGGUACAUUAAAACCUAAAACAGGAUCAGGAGGGGUUAGAAACAGUUGUUCUCACCAAUAUACCCCUUGAACAAGCUAAAUGUUAAGUUUUUGCUUUGGUCAUAAAAAAAAUUACCUGGCCUUUAGACAUAACACAGUAUCCUGAAACAUCCCUAAAAUAGCUCAAGGGACCUGGUAGUAAGUUCUCCAGAUCUACAUUACUGAUUACCCAGAACUUCCCAAGCAUCUCAAUCUACAAGAAGAAAAAGUCUUUAAUCAAUCAUCACUUCCUCCGACACUUUCCGAGAGACAUGUUACCAUCUCUUGGAGGGAGCUGGUGGAUUGGUUCCCUUCCAAAGGUGUAUUUAGGCAAACACAGCAAUACUUAAGAGCACUUUGUACCCAACAGAUCCCCUUGAAUGUUGUUUUAUAAGGUCAGAGAUAGUUUGAGAUGUUAAAUACAGGAGCUUCAGUUCUUAAAGGAGAUUUUGAAACAGUGUUUUCUUGAAACAGCAGAAUCCAGUCUUUUCUGAGCUCUUUCUGAACCCUAAAACCUGAUAGGUCAACUGGUCUCUCUAAAUGACCCUUAGGACAGGGAGUAUGGGCACAUGAUGGUUUGUCCUGUGUGGUGGACAGGAGAGUUGUCCAGGUAGGCACCCGUGACCCAGUGAGGAUAAGCAGGUGUAGAUGAUAUUCCUGUUAAGACACUAGGGGAUCAUCAUAAGAUCACAUUAAAAACUAGGUGAGUUUAUAAAUUAAUUUUAAGGAGCUAACGGGGGGCUUUUUUUUUCCUGUCAUCAGAAUCCAAAACUCCAGUAUAGUUCAAAGAUGAGGAAAAAAAAAA